AAUGUGGCCGCAGGGAAGGCGCCCAUGCAGUCGUCCGUAGCCGAGGGAGGCAUCCCGCAGAAGGCCGUGGACGGCUCGUCGGCCACGUCGUUCUCCACGGACACCUGCACCCUCACCAACACGGAGCGGAACCCCUGGUGGUACGUCAACCUGUUGGAACCCUACAUGGUUCAGCUCGUCAGACUCGACUUCGGACAGUCGUGCUGUGGGAACCAGCCAGCGACGAUUGUGGUUCGCGUAGGCAACAAUCGGCCGGAUUUGGGAGUCAAUCCCGUGUGCAACAGAUUCGUCGGCCUGCUUGAGGAGGGCCGCCCGCUCUUCCUGCCCUGCAAUCCUCCCAUGCCAGGCGCCUUCGUCAGCGUGCACUUCGAGGGUCCUCCAGGUGUCCAGCUGUCCAUCUGCGAGGCCUUUGUCUACACUGAUCAGGCGCUUCCCAUCGAGCGGUGCCCGUCCUUCCGCGACCAGCCCCCGGGUAGCACCGCCACCUACAACGGCAAGUGCUACAUCUUCUACAACCAGCAGCCCAAGAACUUCGACGACGCCCUCGAAUUUUGCCGAAGCCGCGGGGGGUCUCUGGUGGACGAGACCAACCCCGCUCUGCAGGGCUUCCUCAGCUGGGAACUUUGGCGCAGACACAGGGGAGAACAAAACGGCCAGUACUGGAUGGGCGCCGUUCGUGACCCUGAUGACGUCAAUAACUGGAAAUGGAUCAACGGUCGUGACGUAACCGUGUCCUUCUGGAACCUUCCCGGCGGCAACGAGAACUGCGCCAGGUUCGACGGCACUAAAGGGUGGCUCUGGUCGGACACCAACUGCAACUACGACAUCAACUUCAUCUGCCAGCACCGCCCUAUGACGUGCGGGAAGCCCGAGCAGCCGCCCAACUCCACCAUGAUCGCCGCCAACUACAACGUGGACUCGGAGGUGGAGUACCGCUGCGACCCCGGCCACGUCCUCAUCGGGCCGGCGCAGAGGACGUGCCUCGAGUCCGGGUUCUUUGAUGAGUUCCCGCCCACGUGUCGAUACCUGGAGUGCGGCCUCCCUGCCCCCAUCCAGAACGGCGGCUACUACUUCGUCAACGAAACUCGGCAUUACCUGAGCAUCGUCAGGUACGAGUGCAAGCCGGGAUACACGCUUGUCGGUCGAGCGGAACUUGUGUGUGAUAUUGACGAGCGAUGGAACGGCCCUCCCCCCCGCUGCGAGCCGGUGUUGUGCGAUGCCCCUCCACCCCUCCUCCAUGGGGAAUCCUCCCUCUCUUCUCCUACCGUCACCGUCGGAACCUCCGUCAAUUUCGCCUGCGAUUCUGGAUACACACUCGUGGGGGCUUCCUCCCUCACGUGCACGGCCGCGGGGACCUUCGAUGGAGAGCCUCCCCGGUGCCAAGUGGACGAGGCGUUCAAGCCGGAACUUCCCGAGACGAGGCCCGGCGAGCCCGGUAGCAGACCCGGGCGGCCGCGACCUCCCUACACGGACGACAACACAGUGCAGGGGAACAGGCCCGUGAUGGUGACCGUGCUGCCGUCGCUCGAGGCGGGAGACAACAACAACAUCAACAACAUUAACCAGGACAGAGGGCAGAGCGUGGACGGCCCCGCGUUCAAGGAGGAGGGAGUCAAGGUCACGGAGAAACUGCAUCUCGGUGGGAUCAUCGCCCUCGGAGUCUUCGGAGGCUUCGUCUUCCUCGCCGCCGUCGUCACCACCAUCGUCAUCCUCGUCAGGAGGACCCAGCACACGCCAAAGAAGUAUGUCCGACGCAACGACGACGGCACCGCCUCCUCCUACGACUCCUCCUCCUCCGACGGCCACGGGCUCAACAAGUAUUACAAGAGGGCGUGGGAGAACCUGAGGGAGGGCGGCAGCGGCAGCGGAGACCUUGAGAAAUCGAGCCACCCGCGCCUCGCCCGCACGGAGACACUCGACCAGCCCGACUUCCGCUCGACGCGCUCCCUGGGCCACGAGGGCCUCCGCGACGGCUCCGAAAUGACCGUCAACGACGUGGCUGCCAUGUACACCCGCCCCGAGAAGCGCCGCCACCACCACCACCACCACGGCCACCGCCACAAGGGAGGGCGAGACGGGGAUCACCACGACCGCUCCGACCGCCACGACCAUGACCACCACGACCGCACCGACCGCCACGACCGCCACGACCGUCAUGAACGCCACGACCGCGACUGGCGCGACCGCGACCGCAGGAAGUAUUAAGGGUAUCCCGAGACUCAUCAAACGAACACAACCAAAGUGUGAUGGCAGGAGAGACAGAAGCUGCGCCUCAUCGUCGGUAGUCUGUAAGAGCAAGCCAGGAACCGCUUCACAUAUCUUUGCUAUUUAUCGUCCAUUACAUAUCAUAAGGAUAUCUGAAGGGGAUUAAAGGGACCGAAGUUCCAAGAAUUUGCUUCACCUGCGCAUGUGUCCACAGUGGUGCUACAAAACCCCGUAGUGUCUGAACCAUUGCGGGACAGGCUCCGGACUCGUGCUGACCUGGCUGCCUGUUCUCCCCUGCUGACGAUCUUGUUUAUGAACUUUUAUUUAUUGAUAAAAGGAAAGUUGGUCUGGACUUAUGGACAAUACAACGAGCAAAAAGCUGUCGAUCAGUUGUGAGUCGAUUGUGUCUAAAACAUUUCCAUCUCUCGGUGAUUUUCAGAUGUUAUUUUCUGCAUACUGUCUAACGUCACCCCGUUUGCCCUGCUUUCACUGUUGACAAUGCUAGAACAGUACAAGGACCUCAGCUAUAAAAUUUGUUAUCGCUUUGUUCACUUAGAUGAUGUUAAAACGUUUCUCUUUUGUUAUUCGGUUUACGGUGUUUGAUAAAUAUUUAUUCGAAAAUAUUUCCCCGAGGUGGGAUUUUCAACUUCAAGGAUAGAGUAAACUGCCACUCUAGCUGAUGACUCAAGCGAAUCAACCUCUCCAUUAAGUCUGGUGUCCACGUAUGUAAUCUUGCUUUUUUUCGAACAUAUCUCCUCUCGAAAUAAAUAUUAAACGAAGCAAUGGCAAUGGAAGGAAGACUACUUAGUGAUCUUCGCACUUCCUCCCACCCGCGAUAUAAAGGCAGCCACUCUUCACCCUUCUCACGAUCAUACGGACGCCCCGACGCCAUGUUGUUUCGCUCUCGAGUCGAACGUCCUUGAGGGGAUGGAACUCCUCACCUCGAAGGCGCUCAAGACCACUCGCUCCCCUCUCUGCCGCGGGACUGGUUUGAGUGCCAUCUGUCUGCUCCUUCACACGCAACUCCCAUGACGUGGAUUUGCUCAUUUAACGAAACUCUUUUAGAACUUUUCUUAUUUAUUUUAGGCGUAGUAGGACAACGACGCCGAGAGAUUAUCAAUUAAGGGAUAAUUUGUGUUGUUUUCAUUAUGGUGUCUUCUUUUUAUUUCAUCCUAGGGGUUAGAGUAUCUUUCUCGUCAUCAACACUCUUUGUCCAUUUAUAGUCUUUUGAGGCAUUAAUUAUUUAUUUCCAUCCACAUUUUCUCUACCUUUUUUAGGAUUUUUGCUUAAAAGAUAUUUCCCUGUAUAUUUGCAUAGAGUAUUAUAAGAAACAAAUGCAAAUAUUGUUGUUAAUAUGAAUUGUAAACCUUAACAGUAGAUAUUUAGUUACAUAGUAAAUAUUUUCUCUAUGUGUAAUCUUAAUAUGUACGUUAGUAAAAAAUGUUUUAGUAAGACAUUUAACUUUAUAUGUAUGAAUGUUUAACGAUGGAUGAGCUAAGCUUGAAAUAACUGCACAACAACAUUAUAUGUAAAAAAAUCAUGUAUGAUACAUAAUAAACAUUUCUAUACACGA